CUACGUCAUAACUGUGCUGCGACUGAACUGCGCUAUUGCUUGAAAUAAUCGCGACGGUCUUGUGUUUUUAUUUUUGAUACGUCUCUUACAAAAAGCAAUCAUGUCGACCGCUAUGAACUUUAGCAGUAAGUCUUUUCGGCCCCGUGCUCCAGACAAAGGAUCCUUCCCUCUGGAUCAUUUCGGAGAGUGUAAAGCAUUCAAAGAGAAAUUCAUGAAGUGCUUGAAAGACAACCGCUAUGAUAACUCCAUGUGUCGACUACAGUCCAAAGACUACCUUGAGUGCCGGAUGGAUAAUCAGCUGAUGGCCAAGGAACCUCUGGAGAAGCUAGGGUUCAAAGACCUGAUGGACAAACCCAGCCCGGAGAACAAGGAGGCUAAACCCUAAACUUUCCUUCCUACACAGAUGGAUGCUGUCAUGCUUGUGUGAUAGUGUCUCUCUUCCACGUCUUGUAUAUACAAUUACAAUGUAAUAUAUUGGGGGCAGUGUUUCAAGUGUUGUGUGUAUAUAAAUAUUUUUUGGUAAAUUAA